CGCAGAAGAACACAUUGUUAACUGUUCAGAACAGACGCAGGCACAAAAAAAUAUACUGAAAUUAACGGAACUGACGUUAUGGCCACUGAGGAAGAAAAACUAACUUCUGCUGUUCUCAGAGUGGAGAAAGCGGUAGUAUUAUGGAUAAUAAAAAAAAUUCGCCUCAUUAGUUAUUAUUUCGGAAUUCCUAAAAAGGCUUUUCCCCUUAUUAAUACGUUUUAUUAAAAGUACCAUGCCUACCGGGGGUACCGCUUCACGUUCACUUGUUCACUGACUGUAUUAGUAUUAGUAUUAUUGCUAGAUUAUUUCAUCAUCAUUGUCAUUAUUUAUUAUAAUGUAGGCGUAGGCCUAUAUAGGGAUUGCAGCUCAAAACAUAAGAUUUUUUCUCAUCUGUUGGGGAAAUUCAAGUUGAAUGUUACCAUACUCUACUUAUUCAUACAGUCAGUUAGUACAUGCGGGGCACAAGCAUUUGUAAUUAGAGUUAAAGUUAAAGGUUGGCAUUUAUUAGUCAUUGUGAUUGUGUCAUUAGAAUUAGGCUGAUUAGGGGGGUUAACCUACUUACUACUACCAUUAGAAUGUAAUAUUUAUUAUAAUUAGUCCUAAAGCCUAAAGCAAUUUAUACCAAAUUCAAACACAGCAGAGCAAGAUCAAGAGUUUUUCUUCUUUUAAUUGGGUGGCAUAAUUUUAUAAAUUUAAAGUUUAAUUUAUGUUAAAAUAAUAUAUUCAAUAAUUGCUCUCAAAGUAUUCACUUCAAGCAAUGUUUAUUAUUUCAAAAUGGACACAAUUCUGUUAGUAUUGGAAGAUUCAUAAAAAUAAAAGUAAAAGAUUGAAAUUUCAAAAUUGAAAUAUCAUUUUACAGGAGAAAGAAAUGGAACGUCUGCAAGCUGAGCUUGCCGCUGUGUCAGAUCCUGCUAAAUUACUGAGUGAAGGAUAUGCAUCUCCGGAACUGGAAAAACUGAGAGUGGAGAACCAAAAACUCAAAUUCCAGAAGAAUCAUUUAAAAAGCGUAAGAAAUCAAGAUUUGUCUAUUUUUUUAAAAAUUUCACUUUGAUAACAUCCAUAAAAGGAAGAAUUUAUUAUUAUUCUGUAUGUUUCCAUGUUCCCUCACAGAGUAAGGGCAGACAUGAUUAAGGCUGUUUUAAGAGAUUGCAUGUUCUGUCUAACCAAAAAAAACUCCAUUUUUUAUACUGUUCAAACAUCAUACCAGACUUUUUACAAAUGCCCGGGAAAAUGUGUUAUCCUUUUUUCCCCCGCAGUACUUGGCAGAAGAAGAAAAACGUGUGCGUGAUUAUGCUUUAGAUAUACGUGGCAUUGUUGAGGAUGUCUUCAAAUAUGCAAUCAGUGCUGCCUUCCCUGAGCUUGCAGACCCAACUAUUCUUGUGGUGCCCAGCACUAAGUUUGAUGACUACCAGUGUAACAGUGCCAUGCCUAUUGCACAGGUUUGUUAUAAUGUUGUACAUAAAGUUUUCUGGAAUACAUUAUUUAAAAGAAUUUAUUUUAAAUACAGUCAAUAUACUCUCACUAAAUUUUACAAACCUAUUUUCACUUUGAUGUAUACAUUUUUAUAUUGGUGUAUUUUUUUGUAUCUUGUUAACGAAAUGAUGUAUUCUUUUUUUAAAUAAAAAUAUUGGUUACUUCAUUUCAGCAACUUGGAGCUCUGAGUGGUAAAAAAGUGAACCCAAGAGAUGUAGCACAGGCCAUUGUUGCCAAGCUGCCAGAAACAAAAUUCUUUGAAAAGGUAAUAAGGGCCAUUUAUAUAUUACUUAAUAAUAAUAAUAAUAAUAAGUGGUCUUAUAUAGCGCGGUACCCCGGUCUAGGGCUGGGCUCACCGCGCUGUACAUAUAUAGCAAAGAGGCAUAAUCAUAAUAUUAAAAUAAAAUACAUAAAUGAAAUAAAAACAACAUAUAAGCAAAACAACACCAUAGGUAUAUUCAUCCACCCACACCAGACAUUUUUACAAGGAAACCCAUGUACGUUUAUCGGUUUAUAGGAGGAGAAUCAGUCAGAGUAGUAUAGUUUAAAUAGAUGUGUUUUGAGUGCAGUUUUGAAGGCCUGUGUGGUUGUUAUAUUGCGGAUGUGUAGUGGCAAAGAAUUCCAUUGUUUGGGGGCGCAGAAAGAGAAAGAUCGUUCACCAUAUAAUUUAGUGCGUGUCUUGGGAACGGACAGAAUACGCGAGUCUGCGGAGGAGCGAAGUUGUCGAAGGGGUGAAUAGACAGAAAGAAGUUCAGUUAGAUAGGAAGGGCAGGAAUCCGAGAAAAAGUUGUGACAGAGAAGAGACAGCUUGUAGUCAAUGCGUGCCUGUAUAGGGAGCCAAUGUAGUGAGUGGAGUAGUGGAGUGACGUGAUCGCGUUUUUUUGCCUUAAGAACAAGCCUAGCAGCAGAGUUUUGAACUUUCUGCAGUUUUUCUAUAAAAUGUUUCGGUGAACCUGACAGAAGUGAGUUGCAAUAGUCAAGACGAGAGAGAACAAGAGCACAGACUAGAGUUUUUGUUGCGCUAACUGUCAGGUAGUGGCGGAUGGAGCUGAUCUGACGGAUGGCGGUGUAUGCCGAACGACAAAUGUGAGAGAUAUGUUUAUCGAGAGACAUGUUGUUAGAAAGAAUAUAACCAAGAUUCCUAGCAGAGGGUGUAAACUGUAUGUCGGAGUUACCUACUUGAAAUGAGGUGGGAAGAGUUGAGGUAGAGGAUGAUUUGUGAUUGUAAAUGAGGAGUGCUUCUGUUUUGUCAUCAUUAAGCUUCAACUUGCUGAGUGUCAUCCAAGACUUGACAUCAUCAAUGCACCCCCGCAAAGUCUGGACAGCGGAAUCGACAAGAGAUGGAUGGGUAUGCAUGUAUAGCUGUGUAUCAUCUGCAAAUGACUGGUUCUCAACAGCAUGCCUCCCGAGCAAGAGGAGUAGUGGUCUGGUAUACAUUAUGAAUAGAACCGGACCCAAAACGGACCCCUGUGGCACUCCGUACACCAAAUCAGCACUGCCGGAGAGACAGCCAUCGACAGAGACCAUUUGCGUUCUAUCAGAGAGGUAGGACCUAAACCAAGCCAAAACCGAACCAGAAAUUCCAAAGUAGUUUUCAAGGGUUUUGAAAAGGAUUUCAUGGUCAACAGUGUCAAAGGCCGCACUGAGGUCUAAGAGGAUCAAAAUGGAGACAUUACCGCUGUCCAUUGCGCGCAAGAGGUCAUUACUGACUCUCAAGAGAGCUGUCUCCGUGCUAUGGAAAUGUCUAUAGGCCGACUGAUUAGAACUGAGAAGAGAGUGAUCAUUUAAGUAAGCAAAAAGUUGUUUUAGGACUAGUUUUUCAAUAACUUUAGAUAAAAAUGAUAAGUUAGAUACAGGUCUAUAGUUUUUUAAAUUAUUUUCAUCCAGACCGGGCUUCUUAAGCAAUGGUUUGAUGACAGCUGAUUUGCAAAGAGGCGGAACAGUGCCAGAAUAUAAGCUUUCAUUUAUUAUGCGGGUUAUUGUUGGGAGCAAGAUAUCUAAUGACUCAACCAACAGGGGGGUUGGGAUGGGAUCCAAAUAACAUGACGUAUGUUUAGAUUUUAGGAUUAUAUUUUUUACCUCAAGUUCUGAAACAGGUUUAAAAAUAUUAAAAUGGGAAGUAAGACAAGGGAAAGGAGGCAAUUCAAGGGGAGGGGCAUCAAGACGAUCAAGCUCAGCUCGAAUGUCAGCUACUUUGCUUGUAAAGAAAUUACAGAAAAUAUCUGGUUGCUUGGGCAGGGGAAACACCGAAGGAAGCGCAGUUCCUUUGUUACUCCCCCUAAGGUGACCACAAACAUCAAACAACUGCCUGCUGGUUUUACCCAUAGUUAUCUUUUGGCUAAAAUACGUAGUCUUUGCACGACAAACAAUCUGAUUGACACGCUUCUUGGCAGCGUAAAAUAUCUGCUUAAAAACCACAAGACCUGACCUUAACCACUUCUUUUCUGCACUACGGCGCUCUUUCUUGGCACUGCGUAGUUCCUCCUUGAUGGUCGCAUACCAGGGAGAUGACCGCUUUAGACUAAAAUUGCGGCGGGUGACAGGGGCGUGUCGGUCAAGCACAGCGCGCAAUGCACGGUCUAGUGAUUCCAAUGUGGGGCAGAGGGCAGGGGACACUUCUACGCUUAGGUCAUGCUUAAAUGCAUCCCUGUUUAUAGCUCGCAGACUGCGCACCUCCCUAAACUGAGGGGGAGGGUUGGGGGCACUAACACUAAGUUCACAAAUAACACAGAAGUGGUCAGAGGACAGCUCUUGUGUGAUUGAAGUAGAUCUAACUACACCAUCUUGAGGCCUAUGUAGUACCCAGUCAAGAAUAUGUCCACGAUUAUGAGUCGGUUGGUCGACCGAUUGGUGAAGACUGAAUAAAUCCAAGAGAUCCAACAUCCUAGCAGUGGAGGGGUGCUGUGGUUGAUCAAAAUGGAAGUUCAUGUCGCCUAGUACAAUGUAAGUCCCGGUCAAUGUGUUGCAGUGGUCAAUCAAAUCCGGGAAUUCUCGAUGAAACACUGAGUCGGUCAAUUUAUUUUUCUUACUAGGGAAGGUGCGAUAUAUGCACAUGAAAUGAACUGUCUGCUGGGGCACUGACAGUGUAAAUUGAACUACCUCAAAAGACGUGUGGACGAAUGGGAGGUCUGUGACAAAAGCUGUAUGAUGGGACAACGUGUCUCUAUAUAUAAUAGCAAGGCCUCCGCCGCGAGUUGAACGGGGAAAUGAUCUGGCAGAAUAGCCAUAGGGAGCGAGAUCGGUGCACUUCCCCUCAUCGCCAGUCAGCCGAAACCAGGUCUCCUGGAUAAACAGAAUGUCAAUCUGCCUAUCAGAGACAAAUUCGGAGACUGCAAUUCGUUUCUCAUAGGGGCCAAGCGACUGGGCGUUGAAUGUGGCAAUGAGAAGUUGUUUGUUGAUAGAACGUGGAGAGGUUUUGAUGUGAAUGAGGUUGGCAGGGUCCGAGUAGUGUAGAGUAGGUCUUGGUAAAGAAUGAGUGACAAGUUGUUGUUGUUUUCGUCUACCACCACGGUGGGUGCGCUUCCGAGGCAGGCCUCGACCAAUCAAAAGCUCUUUCAGUCGACACACGAGGUCAGCGGUCAGAUGCGUACGCUUGGCAUUCAUUGACAAAAGACGAUCACGUGUGUAUGCAAGCACAGGUCGGUUACCGCCGUGGGGGCUGCGUGUGUCACUGACCGUAACGUCGACUUGACCGAGCGAUGAGCGUGGUGCCGACAAAGAUGGCCGACCGUGUAGGCGGUGAAUCUCACUAACCUUUGCAACAAAGAAAAUCCAAAACAACAAAAGUCCAAAGUUAGGAGGGACACAAAACAUAUCCGAAUCAAAGUAGUGGUCCAUGGUGGAUAUCCAGUACAGAAAAACAAUACAAAAAUCAGUCAAACACACAUAAAAUUGCAUUCAAUCAGGAGCCCGAGUCUAUACGUGCCUGCAAGGCGUAGCCUCGUUCUCGUUCUACUUACACAAAUCCAAGUCAUUUUUUUCAUACAAUCCCAUUUUUUGGCUCCCCUCCCCUAUGCAUAUGUUCAUAUGAGCUUCUUACACUACCCCCAAUACAAUCUUUAAUUAUACUCUAUAAAUUAUAAUGUAUAAAGCAAAUAAAGAAUGUGAUGAUAAAUGAAGGACUGCCUUCAAGCUGUGUGAAGGAAUGUGAAUUGGGCUAAAAAUUGUUGCAUUUUUUUUUUCAUUUUUCAUAAUCGUUUCUGGGUGUUUAAUCUUUGGCUCAAGCGAAAGAAAUAAUUAUGUCACACCCAUAGAAACAUACAAAGACAUAAAGGGAAUUAAAGUUUUCACUAGGCUAAAUAUCUCCAUUAGGAUAUCUAGUGAGAUCGAUUGUGAAAACAGAAAGAACUGAAAUUUUUACGAAACAUUGCAGAUAUAUUUUUAUAGCCUUUGAAUUAUAAUUAGAGAUUUCCAAGAUUUUUAGGUGACAGACAGCCAUAUUAGAGGUAUAAAGAUGUUUUUUAUGGAUUGUCAGAAAAUCGGAAUAAUUAUUGCAGAAUUUGUACUUAAAUUCAAGUAUUUGCAAUGUUUGGUAUUAAAUUUGAUGUAGUUCAUGUAAUGAAAAUGACAAACAUUUUUUGUUAUAAGUCUUUCGUUAUUCAGUUAACAUACUGGAAUUAACAUAUUUUAUUUGAUUAAAAACAGGCUCUGUAAAUGUAUUUAUUAUACCUGCUGAAAUAAAUCUAAGCCCCUCUAUUUCUAGGAUAACUCUCAAAAGCUUCCAUGGACUAAAAUAAAGAAAUUCUGGUUUAGAUUUAAAUGUCAUUGACUGUGAUACUUCAGCAAUUAGGGUAAAAAAUUCAUGUUUAGAAUUCAUGACGUUAACAGAAAAAGCCAGUUGUAUUCAAAACAAUUUUUUAAUUUUAACUUACAGGUUGACAUUGCUGGACCUGGCUUCAUCAAUGUGGCAUUAAGGAAAGAGUUUGUGUCCAAAGAGCUGACCUUUCUCUUAACUCAUGGGGUAAAACCACCUAAGAUUGAGAGGAAGAGAGUUGUCAUCGACUAUUCAUCACCUAAUAUUGCCAAGGAAAUGCAUGUUGGUCACUUGAGGUUGGAUAUUUCAUUUCGUUUAAAAAUUUUAUUUUUAUAUUAUAUUCAAAACUUAAAAAAAACAAAAAACCUUCUUUGCAAUGUUCUUAAUAUCAUUACGAGGGACAGAGAUCUGACUUUCCAAUCCUUGAUUGAAUUCCAAUUUUUUUUUUAGACUUCAGUGCGGUCUCUGAUACCGUUGACCAUCAGACCCUUUACAAAACACUUGAAAAUUACUUUGGAAUUUCUGCUUCAGUUUUGGCUUGGUUUCGGUCCUACCUCUCCGAAAGAAGGCAGGUGGUCGCUGUUGAUGGCUGUCUCUCCGGCAGUGCUGACUUGGGGUACGGAGUGCCACAGGGGUCCAUUUUGGGUCAUGUCCUAUUCACAAUGUAUACCUGGCCACUUCUCCUCCUGCUCGGGUGUUGAGAACCAGUCAUUCGCAGAUGACAUGUACCUAUACAAGCAUGCCCAUUCCUCUCUUGUCCAUUCUGCUUUCCCCACCUUGCAGGAGUGCAUUGGUGAUAUCAAGUCAUUGAUGACUCUCAGCAAGUUGAAGCUAAGCGAUGACAAAACGGAAGCACUCCUCAUUCACAAUCAUGAAUCAUCCUCUAACUCAGCUCUCCCCAUCUCGUUUCAUGUAAGUUGCUCCGAUAUAGAGUUCUUCUAGGAAUCUUGGUUACAUUCUUUCUGACAACAUGUCUCUCCAUAAUCAUGUUCCUCACAUCUGUCGCUCUGCGUACACCACUAUCCGCCAGAUCAGCUCCAUCUACCACUACCUCCCAGUCAAAGCAACAAAAACACUAGUCUGUGCUCUUGUUCUCUCUCUUCUUGACUAUUGUAACUCACUUCUGUCAGGUUCACCAAAACAUUUCAUAGAUAAACCGCAGAAAGUUCAAAACUCAACUGCUAGGUUGGUUCUAAAGACAAAGAAAUAUGAUCAUGUCACUCCACUACUUCACUCACUUCAUUGGCUCCCCAUACAGGCACGCAUUGAUUACAAGCUGUCUGUUCUCUGUCACAACUUUUUCUCUGGUACCUCCCCUUCCUAUCUUACUGAACUUAUUACUGUCUAUUUAGCCCUUCGAAAGCUUAGUUCCUCCGCAGACACGUGUAUUCUUUCUGUUCCUAGAACACACACUAAAACUUUGGUGAACAGUCUUUCUCUUUCUGCGCCCCCAAACAAUGGAAUUCUCUCCCACUACACAUUCGCAAUAUACUGACCAAACAGGCCUUCAAAACUGCACUCAAAACACAUCUCUUUAAACUCUUAAUAUCCUGACUGAUACCCCCCAAUGGCCGAUAAAUGAUGCUGUUGGCUGUCGUCCAGGGCUUAAGAUGUAAAAGUUCUGGGGUGGGUGGGGUGAAUAUGUUUUUUGUUUUGUUGUUAUACAGCUGUUUUUUUUUUUUAUUAAAUAAAUGUAUGCGAUUUUUUUAAAAUGUUAUGAUCAUGUUUGCUAAUAUUUUAUGUACAGCGCAGUGAGCCCAGUCCUUGGCUGCUUUACCGCACUUUAUGGAAGGACUAAUAAUAAUAAUAAUAAAGUUGACAUUUUCCUACCUCCCAACUUAUUAUUUUUGGAACCAAGCUUCAACGGAAAUAUUUCUUUGCCUAACUUCCUUUUAGAGAACUUAUGUUAAAGAGAUGGUUUUAAAAUUUGGAAAUGUAUUUUUUGGUGAUGCUGUAUAUAUAAGAAUUAUUGGGUAGCAUCAUUGACAGUCAAUAAGUCUAAACUCUGGAAUAUAAACUUUGGACACAGAAUUAGGAUGUCUGGGUUAAAAAAAUGUGAGUAUGCUGCCCUUAUGUUGCUAUAGGCAACUAUAGUAGUAUCGUGGGCUACAAUUCUCAUUCACAGCUUUGAAUGACAUAUUUCCCUAAACUUGAUGAAACAGAUUAUGACUAAAAUGAAGCAAGCGUAAAAGUUUACAUUAGAGUUUCAGAUAAAAUUGAAAAAAAUAUAUGACAUGGUUUUAUAACCUAUUAUUAAAACACUGUUAAUAUGAUUUUUCUAUAAGGAAAAUACAAUGAUCUGUCUUUGAAAAAAAUCUGUUUCUUAAACAAAUAUUUUGUCAUUGAAAGUUAUGUCCCAACUCUGAAAGGCUUGUCAUGCAUUUGGUCUAAUAUAGAAGGCUGUUGGUUACAAAAAAAUUGAGAUGCUAAAUGCUGCAGUACUUUUCUACAGGUCAACCAUUAUCGGUGAGAGUUUGAGCCGGCUCUUGGAAUGGGUAGGCCAUGACGUGCUGCGACUCAAUCACUUGGGAGACUGGGGCACUCAGUUCGGCAUGCUCAUUGCCUACCUGAUUGAGAAGUACCCUAACUUGCUGAAGGAGAAACCACCCAUUGAAGACUUGCAGGCAUUUUAUCAGGUAGAGAAAGUUUCUGUAAAGUUGUCUGCUUCAAAUCUGGCUCAAUGCUCUACAUAAAAAUAAACAGUGCAAGUAGCUUUUGAAACUUGAUGCUGCUCAUCAAUGAAGUAGGUUUAAUUAAAUUAUCACCAUCGUGCUAGAGGGUUUUAAAUGGUUAGAAAGGUGACAAGGUGGAAAAAUCAGACCAGUGGUCCACCAUUUCCUUUAUAGACUACAUAUCUACACAAGCUAAGAGUGUUUGCCUCUGCCUUUAAUGGGUUUUGCUGUCAAAUGCUUUUUUGGCCGGAGCGUUCACUUUCUGUUAUUGUCCUUCUUCAGGUUUUCUUAUGGUAUCCAACAGGGUUUCCACAAUGAUCUUCUACAGGUGCUUGAAAUGCAUCAUGAAUUUAGAAUUUUAGAACAAAGAUACUAAAUUUUAACCUUCCAAAUUUCUUCACUAAAUUACUUUUGUUCAUGGUUUGAACGAAUCUUAAGUUUGUAGUUCAUAGUGCCUGUUGAACAAUUCUAGUUGAAACACAGAAUCUUUUAUACUCUGUCUUGAGGGCGACUUGGCUCUGUUUUGUUUAAACUGAUUGUAAGCUUUAGUGUGGUGAAACCAGUCUUUAUGGAUAAUUUGUACAAGUUUGUUAGUGGCUUACUAAGUUGUUUUGUUUAUUUCCAUCAGGAGUCAAAGGUCAGAUUUGAUAGUGAUGAAGAUUUCAAGCGCCGUGCCUAUGAUUAUGUUGUGAAACUUCAGUCCAAGGACCCUUUCACCUACCAG